CGGAGUUCAUUGUGCCACAAGUGCAUUCCGAGUACCGGCGACGCCAAUUGCUCGUUACGAGCCAGUUACGAAUCGCUCUGUGAAAGCGACAGUGACAUUUCCCGGAGCCCGGAGGGCUCGGCCUCAGAUAAAGAAAAAAAAAAACUGCUCGUAGAAUCGUGCACAGCUGCGUGCAGCCGCGAGAUGAUAUUGGUGUUGUCGCGAGAUAAAGGGCAACGACAUGGUCCAUCGUUUCGCUUAUCUCAAUACGACCGCGUUUUGCACCAGGCAGAAGUUUCUUGUAUCGUAAGAAGUUAACUUGUUGUUUUUGUUCCAAACGCGUUAUCGUGUUUUCAAAGAUUAUGAGAAGAGUGAUAAAUUAAGAUUAGCGUGAAAGUGGUGUAACAUUUAAAGAACUACGUGGAUUAAAUCGAAGUUCAGUACGCAUACUGUGAAAAAAAACCGAUUUCUGGUUGGAUGUACAAACGGAAAAUGGAAGGGUCACUUUUACUCAGACAACGGCGACAACCACCGGAGUCUUUUCAAUGUGGAUUGUUCUAAGGAAAUCGUGUGUGUUUAGGAAUUAAAAAAUCCUCCUCUCCUUUUACUUUGCAAUUUUACUGAAAUGAGUCUCUUGGAGAUUUCGUGGAUCUUUGUCCUAAUCGUGGCAUUUGAAACUGUAUUCUUCGCUAACUCGUUGACCGGAGAUCACAUUUGCUCAAGAAUAGAGAAUUAUACGAUUACAUCAUACGAGACUUAUACCGAGCCGGUUGUAGUGAACUCGUUCACUUGGUGCCUACAAAUUCCUCCAAGAUGUCCCAAGACGUGGACCGAGCUACGACAACGAUAUCGUCUAAAGACGGAAGAAAAAUCGAGGACUGUAGAGGCAUGCUGCGAAGGAUACAAAAUGAUUCCCGACGAUGCGGAAGUGGAUGCCAGGUGUUUGCCGCUUUGCGAAAAAUGUGUGGCAGGUGUGUGCGUCGCACCGAACGAAUGCCAAUGCGAUCCUGGAUAUCAAGGAGAUGAUUGCGCCAAUGCGUGUCCAUCAGGACUCUGGGGUUCGCAAUGUACAAAGACGUGCGAUUGCGGUGAAACUAACUUCUGCGAUCCUGUAAACGGCACUUGCCAAUGUUCUCCAGGGCUGCGAGGAUCUCGAUGCGAGGAGCAUUGCGCGAUCGGCCAAUGGGGCCCGGAUUGUGCAAACGAAUGCAUAUGUCAAAACCGGGAUAAUAGCUGCGAUGCCGUAACCGGAAGAUGCCGUACCGACGACGACGCCUCUUCGAUCGAGCAAACGUCGCCCGCUUAUUUGCAGAGCUCUACUACCGACCGUCUACCGCAAAUGCCCAGAAUUAGUAAUACGAAGCGUCCUGAGGUUGUCUCCGUGCCACGUGAGACCAUCGAACGUCAAACGGAAGAUAUUAAUGACAAUUGGGAAGAACGAAAUUACAUAUCAGAAACGACGAGUCCGGUAACAGCUUCGAUCGCGGCUCCUCCUCAGGAGGCAGCGACAAACGAGACACAAAUAAAGGAUUCUUCCACCACUGCGCGGCCUGUCAUCGUCUUGGUAUCAGUUCCCGAACGUAGAAAAGAUAUCGAGAAGGAUAAGCAAAAGUUUGCGCCGAAGGAUGCUCUUCUCAGACACGUAAAAAGCAAUGAAGACGUCGGCAUGCCAAAUGUUGACUACGUGAAAACCGUUCACAAAGAUGACAUUCAGACACCAACGCUGAUCCCGUUGGACAUCGCUCUGAUUGUCGUCGCUGCGAUCGUCUCGCUUGGUUUGACCUCGCUCGCAGUGAUUAUGGUUCUACAUAUGCGUUCAAAAUUAUUCGAAACCAUUCGCCUCGCCAUCUACGACGACGAGAAGACCAAGAGCCAAGAAUGCGAGAACGUAAACGGCGGAAGGACGUCCACGGUGGUGAACGCCACUUUGUCCCCAUCCCCGAUCCGCGCGAAUCCGAUAUUCGCCAUUAAUACCGAACCGGAAACGAUAUUCACGGUCGAUGGCAUUGAGUCGUUGAAUACUUAUGCUAACGGGGCUGCUACGAUCGGUCUGCGAAUUUCUGGAAAUUUUCGCGAUUUGUUACAAGAUAGUCAUUAUGAUCGACCAUCACCAACUCUGAUACGUCUGCAGACAAAUAUGGACCAUAACACGGAACACUUGUACGACGAAAUACCUUUGCAAACCACUCCAUUGUCUAAUCGCAAGGAUCUGUGAUCUGUGAUCAAGGAUCUGAGACUGUUUCCAAUAUUCCGACCCACUUAGUCCUCUAGUUAAUAAUACGUCAUCAUCUAAAUAACCUUGACGCGUUUUAGGUGAAACGUGACAUGUUGUGGAUCGAUGAUAAGUCGAUCGAUCGAUCGACGAAAAAUGCGCAAAAAACUGGUUUUCGACCUUACGCAUAGCCAUUGAACGUGCAAGGCUGAACGUGACUGUAAUAGAGUGGCACAAGCGGAGAAGCAAGUAGUUUUAGCACCGUACUGUCAGUGACCGACGGUAGAAUUUAAUCAGUGGAGCGUAUAACUCCUUCUGAAUCAACUAUUUCAUAGUUUAAACGGGAUGACGUCAAAUUGAGGGCGACUACACACCCGACUAUGAUUGCGCGUGAAUGCGCAAUUAGGUGAAAAGCGCGAAAUAAUAGUGUUCCGUGUAACGAGCAGGAUAAAAUACAACGACUGUCAUUAUCCAAGUGAUAUUAAACAUUUGUAUAGCCUGCGGGGGCGGAGCUAUCUAUUUGCAGAUAAAUAGAUAUGAAAAUAAUAAAUUGCCUGGUAUAAAUCGGGCAGUCUCGUUCAGUAUUGAUGUAAUUUAUCGAUAUCGAUAUUAACCGUUGCGCAAAUAAAUCUAUCAUUUAUUUAUUUCAAUCAACAAUACGAACGAUUUUUUUCUUUUAUUCGUUAUCGCGUUACUACGAAUUCUUUAAUCAGUUUUAAUCACAUCCUGCAAAAUAUUUUUUCCUAGGCGUGAAAUAUCCUGCGAUAAUACAAUGAUAAAUUUCCGAGUAUAUCAGUAAUGAUAUAUAUAAACGAUAAUGUAAUCAAUGACACAAAUUAGGAAGAGAAAAUACACUUAUUUAAAUACAAUUAUUUUUCUGUAUUGAAAAUAAAACCAAAGAAUUUAAAUGUUAUUUAAUGUUAUUUAAUGUAAACAUAAUAUACGUUCUAAG